AUGCACUGCAAUGAGGACUUUCUCAACUAUCUUAGCGUUGGCAUGAUCCUGGUAGGACUAUGGCAUCUGUACCACCACAGGAAAACUCAAACCAGCUAUGGGCGCCACAUGGUACACGAUCGUAACACCAGGUUGGUGCCAGCCCGCCUGGCUUGGUUUCUCCAGGAGUUGCCAGCUUUUCUGGUCCCACUACUUCUGAUGCUCACUUCGCACAAACCCUACAGUGUGGGAAAGAUGCUACUGCUUGGAACCUUUUGCCUUCACUAUUUUCACAGAACAUUCAUCUAUUCACUGCUGAUCAGAGGAAAUCCUUACCCACUCAGUGUGAUGCUGGCAGCAGUUAUCGUUUGCUCUGUGAAUGGAUUCUUGCAGGGACACUACCUGUUGCAUUGUGCUCGGCUGGAUGAGUGGAAAACAGACUGUCGUCUGAAGAUUGGUUUAUUACAAUUUUACACCGGAAUGGCAAUCAAUAUAUACAGUGAUUAUCGUCUACGUAACUUGAGGAAAAAGGGAGAAUUGAUUUACAAGGUCCCUACAGGAGGCCUUUUUGAAUAUAUAUCUGCUCCAAAUUACUUUGGAGAGAUUUUUGAGUGGUUUGGCUACGCCAUGGCAACUUGGGGCCUUCCAUCGCUCUCGUUUGCUGUGUUUACUAUGUGCUUCAUAGGCGCAAGAGCCAUCUACCAUCACAGGUUUUACAAGGAGAAAUUCAAGGAUUACCCAAAAUCUCGAAAAGCUGUAAUUCCAUUUUUACUUUGAAAAAACACCACAUUGUGAUCCGAAGACAACGGCUGAUAGGCCCAGGGGUUUCACAUAUAUGCAUUUGCUUCUUAUAUCUUGUUCAUGUGCAAAAGUAGCUUUAUUGAGCCAUACUGUUUCACUGGCAAGCAGGCCUGUAUACAUUUAUUGUAGAUCCUUAGAUUUACAACACACAAAAACUUUUAAGUUAGCUUCCCCUUUAGCCUUACAGGAGUUCAGGCCAUCUGGAUUGUAAUACCAGAACUGUUAGAUUUAUUAUUUUAUCAUGCAUUUGUAUAUAUCAUCCUUGCCUGAAUGUUUCUCUUUGCGAGUGGCUGUGUGACCCGAAGUGUGACUCAGCAACACCUUGAGAAGUGAUGCACCCCCUUGCUGACUUCAAAGCAGAUACUCCUCAACACCAUAAACAUGCUGUAAAUCAGAUGCCCUGCUGAUCUCUAGCAGGUUUAUCAGAACAAUGCUGCAGCUUUGAAGAAAUGUUUACUUAAGUAUUCAUCUUUCUGUUGGUAUUGCCAUCUGUUCCUCCAUGUUUUGUAAUCUUGUGACCCUUUGUUUUGAACAACUAAUAAUAAGAGGGACACCGGUAAGGCUGACUCAGAACGGGUGUUGGAGUUGCAGCU